AUGCCUCUCGUAGCUUCCAGCAUAGUAGCCAUCGGCGUUGCUUUCUUAUUUCACCAUGUGUACUGGAUACUUUUCUCAUGUCCUUUGGCAAAAAUUCCAGGCCCUAAGUUGUUCGCCCUGACCGGCCUGGGACUAAUCAAGGAGGACUUCCAGGGCACACGCACGCGAACAAUCCACCGCCUCCAUCAACAAUAUGGCACAGUUGUGCGCAUCGGUCCUAACGAAGUCUCAUUCAACAGUCUUACAGCCUUGCGUCAGAUCUACGGGGCCGGCAGUCCCUUUGGUCGCCCAGCGGCCUUUUACCGCAUAUUCAGUAUGUACGGGCAAAAGCAGUUGUUUACAUUUUACUCCUCGUUCGAUCACGCAGCUCGAAAGAAGGCCAUGAGUCAAAUGUAUUCAAAAUCGACCGUUCUAAAGGGCUCGGUGGCCAACUCGGUUCAGUCAAAAGCCAAGCAGUUUAUAGACUUGAUCGAAUCAGACCCACAAACAGCGUCAAAUCUGGCCGAGAGCCUACACUUCUUCUCUCUGGAUAACAUGACUUGGCUGGUUUUUGGGGAUCGCGGGGCCACAAAGGCUCUGAUGGGACAAUCAUCGGAUAGGCAGAUCCUAAGUGACAUUCACGAGCCCACGGCACGCAGGUAUUCGUGGUUCCGAAUACAUGUUCCACGUUAUACUCGGCUGGUGAUGUCUUGCAGCUCGCUCCUGAGAUCGAUCAUUGAUUUGUUUGGCAUUCUGCCGGGAAAAAUGCCGUUGGCGUAUACUGGCCUUCAAGAUUUUGCGUUGAGGACUUUUAAUACUCAUUGCCAGGAUAAAGCCAGUGAAGGGGGUCUCAUGAUGAGAUUGAUCCAUGGACAAAAUGGCAAUUCUGGGGGGAAACACCUCUCCAACAUGGAAAUUGUCGCAGAGUGUGCUGACAACCUUGAUGCCGGACUUAAAACGACAAGCGAUACAUUAAUGUUUGCUCUCUGGGUUCUGUCGCUCCCAAAACACCGACAAUAUCAACAACGCCUUAUAGCGGAAGUGAAGGACGCAAUUUCCGGUUUGGCGGGCACUGGAUCCAUUUUACCAGUGGAUGUAUGCGACCAAUUGCCUUUACUUGACGCUAUAAUCAAAGAAACAUUACGUCUAUAUGCUCCUAUUCCAGCAUCUCAGCCUCGUACCAGUACUCAAGAUACUACAAUCGAUGGCUACCACAUUCCCGCAGGCACAGUUGUCAGCUGCCAGGCUUUUUCUCUCCAUCGGAACCCAGAAAUAUUUCCACGUCCCAACACUUUUGACCCGGAUCGAUGGUUGGCAAGCGAUGCAGAGACAGCUGAAAUGAAACGCUGGUGGUGGCCCUUUUCUAGCGGAGCAAGAAUGUGUCUUGGAACGCAUUUUGCGCUUGCAGAAAUGAAGACACUGCUAGCAGCUAUCUACCAGACGUACUCGACAACGCUGAGUUCGGAAUUUGAAAACUUGUCGCCGACUUCAACUAGUCGAUUUGAAUUGGUAUAUGACGAUUCGUUUCCUAUUAACGAGGUUCGUCUAGCCUACCCCUUUCUCUUUGCAACAGAAUCUAAUAUGUGGCGUGGAAAAAGGGCAAGCAAUGCCGUGUCUCAUUCGAGAAAUAAUAAUUAUCGGAAUUUUCGACAAAAUGGAACAACAUACGAAAUGGAUACCGGCACGGUAUCCGCCUUCCACCAACAUGUCCUGGGCGUGCCCAAGUCCACCAGGGAGGUGCGAUACACAAACAAGGCCCAGUUCGUACGAACAUUAGAUGCAGAGCGUAGGCUUCUCUCUGCCGACACUACCAACAGUAAAAAUCCCUUCAUUGUUUUCACACACGUCGAUCUCCAAACUUUCAAAACAGAUUUAUCCACAGACGACGCACAAAUCUACGAUAGUUUCGAAGAUGAGUUACAGCUGCUUGUUGUCAAGAUACCUCUUUCCCCGCACGGAAUUGCUCUUGGAUCCUUCAACAAGAUACUCCUGAGGAGUCUCGUGGCGAUGAACGGAGUCGACCUACAGCUAGAAGAUCUCGGGUCAACAGACCGAGAGUUCGGAGGUCGUAUCAAAAGUCCCGACAAACAAUAUCUCCCAAUAAAUCUACCGUCGGGGUAUUCAGGCGACUGGCCGACCCUGGUUAUUGAAGCUGGCUGGUCCGAGGGCAAAGCCAAACUGGCAAGGGAUGCUAGCUGGUGGCUUACAUCGGGAGUCGGAGAGGUCAAAAGCGUUUUGACCUUGUCUGUGAGUCAAACAAGAAGAGAAAUCACCAUGGAAAUUUGGGAGCUGGUGAAUCGAGCAACACGCCAGGAGCCGAACAGAAAAGCGCCUGCGGUCACGCAGCAUCUUGUCUUGAGCCAGGCAACGCCGACAAGUCCGCUUACCACCACCAAUGCUCCUCUAAUAAUUGAUUUCGAAAAACUCUUUCUAAGAGCCCCCAACGCAUCCAACGCAGAGGACAACAUUGUUUUAUCCGAAGAUAUCUUACAAUACUAUGCUUUGUCACUGCACUAUCCAGGUAACUACAUGUCGUCGUCGCCACCUCUUUCACUCCUCCAAGCAAUCAUUAAUCAUCGCAAUAUGCGAGUGACCAAGGGCUGUGCUCUGUGUCGCAAUCGUCAUGUCCGCUGCGUGGUUCCUGUUGGCGCCUCUUCGUGCUCUUACUGCACGCGCUUAGGCCAGCCAUGUCAUCUGGAGCCGCGCUUCAAGUUCCGGCCUGUUCGGCACAUAUAUCAGCAGUGUGAUAGUGCUCAGGCACGCUUCGACCUUGUCUGGGAUGACCAACAGGUCUGGGUGGGUGUCUCGCAGCCAGUGACUUUUGUGUCGGAGACCGACGACUUCACGGGUGAACCGCUUGAAUCAGAGGACAAGUAUCAAGAACCCGAGUUAUCAUAUCCUUCGCCGGAUGACAGUCAACCGAUAGCCCCGACUGUAGUUGAAUCUGUUCCAACUGAUAUCCUUUUGGAUACUACCCCCAGCCCUGGACCAAUCGAUGUCUCGACAUUAUCUCUGCGAGAGGCAUUCUUGAUCCGCUCUUAUAUCCAAAAGAUCGCAGCCGUGGCGGAUAUCUGUGACUCCCAGUCUCACUUCAGCACCGAAGUCCCCCGCCGAGCACUCGAGGAACCAAUGCUGCUGAAAGCUCUCCUGGCACUCGCGGCCAGACAUGAUUCGAUAUUGACAAAUCGCAGCGAUUGUGAAGCGUCCGCCUUUCAUGGGGAGUGCCUGGAAAUGCUUAUCGUCGCCCUCAAUCAACCUCAGGAGACCUAUGAUGAAAAUCUCCUUAUCACCGUGGUUGUGCUUCGGUUUUACGAGGAGCUAGAGAGGAUCACCGACAGGAAAUGUCACCUUCUUGGCUCCAACCGCUUACUCAAUCUCAUGUCACGAUCCGCGUCGUCUGGGGGAAUAGCCGAGGCCGUGAGCUGGCAAUUCCUACGCCAGGCCAUAUACUCGUCUAUAGUUCAAUCUGAGCCAAUGCAGCUAGAUAUGCGGAAUUAUGAGCGAUCCUCAGUCUUUCAUCGCGACGAUGAUGCGGCCCACGCUAACGCUAUCAUCUUUUUAUGUGCAUGCAUCAUUCAGCAAUGCUGUGCCACGCCAGGGUACGCGAUUGAUCGGGAAAGCUGGCAGCGCCUGGCGGACCACGUGGAGGAGUGGCACCGCAACAAGCCAAGGACAUGGCAACCACUGCGAUACGAGGCUCCUGAUCUGUCAGCAGAUCGACCUUUUCCAGAAUUAUGGAUCAUGUCGCCCCCGGCCGUUGUCGGCUUGCAGUACUAUCACGCUUCUAAAAUAUUCCUCACGUUGUCCGACGCGCCAUCACAGCAGAUGACGGACUAUGAAAUGUCCCGAGCUAGACUCGUUGCAGAAAAAAAGAUUGCCAGUCAUGUAGUUACGGCCAUUGGACUAUCAUUAUCGAAUGAAAACGUUCAAAAUAGCUACUUCAUAGCCUCUCAUUUGCUCCAACGCUUUGGAUAUUGCCUGCGGCAGCCUGCCGAACAACAGGGAGCACUGCAGUUUCUGUCCCGUGUAGAAGAGACUCUGGGGUGGCGCACUUCGUGGAUCGGGCAAGAAUUGGAGCACCAGUGGAUGGAGCUGGCGGCUUUUAGCUUCGAUGGUGGUUGA